AUGGAAAACCAUACAGAUGUGAGUGAGUUCAUUCUCAUGGGCCUAACAAAUAUCCCUGGGUGGCAAGACUUCCUCUUCUUCCUCUUCUUACUACUGUAUUUGACCAGCGUGCUAGGAAACACCACUAUUUUGUUGAUAACAACAGUUGAACCACGCCUGCAUACCCCAAUGUACUUCUUUCUUGGAAACCUCUCCUGCUUGGACAUCUGCUACUCCACGGUCACUGUGCCCAAGAUGCUGGCUGGCUUUCUCUGGGAGCAACAGAAAAUUUCAUUGAUCAGAUGUCUUUCUCAGCUUCAUUUUUUCCAUUUCCUAGGGAGCAGUGAGGCGCUAUUGCUAGGUGUCAUGGCAUAUGACCGCUAUGUGGCCAUAUGUAAUCCACUACGUUACACUGUCAUCAUGAGCAAGAAGGCCUGCAUUGUUUUGGCCAUGAGUAGCUGGACUACUGGGUUCUUCCAUGCUCUAAUGCACACCAUUAUGACUUCCAAACUGCACUUCUGUGGCCCAAACUUAAUCCAGCAUUUCUUCUGUGAUAUCAAGCCUCUCUUGAGAUUGGCUUGCUGUAGCACUGCCCUCAAUCUCAGCCUCCUUAACAUCAUCACAGGCCUAAUUGUUGUCCUUCCUUUCUUGCUUACAUUUCUAUCCUAUACCUACAUCAUUUCCUUCCUUUUAUUGAAAGUAAAAUCGAAGAAAAGUAGAAGUAAAGCCUUUUCCACUUGUGCCUCACAUCUCACAGUUGUAACUCUUUUCUAUGCUGGAGCCAUCUUGACUUAUGUUCCUCCGUCUUCAGGAGAAUCCUUGGAGCAGGAAAUGAUGGUCACCCUUAUGUACACUGUGGUCACUCCUGUUCUGAAUCCUUUGAUUUACACCCUAAGGAACCAAGAGGUAAAAACUGCUGUUAAGAAAGCAAUAGGACAAACGUGCCUUCCUUCACAAAUAUGA